AUGAAUUUACUACUAAUUUUUUUUGUCUACAUAUUUAUACUUACUACAGUAUGUAUUUCAAAAAAACAUUAUACUAAUGAAAGCUUAAAUUUGGAUGUUGCAGAAGCUCUUUUUAGUCUUAAAAAAAUGGAUAACUGUUUGGCUGAUAAAUUAGAUAGACAAUUACAUUCUUUAUACAAAAAAAAAUACAUGAUACAUUACUUUAAGAAAAAUAAACAUAAGUACUUGGAAAAAAGAAUAUAUUUCUUUAAAAAGUUACUUAAGAUCAUAAAUUUUUUGAUUAAAAGAGUUAAAAAAUAUAAACCAAAAAAGGAUUUAGAAAAUUCCAAAGUUAAAAAGGAAAAAAAAAAAUUCAAAGAAAAUAAUUAUGACGAAGAACCCGUUAUAUUAUUUGAUGCAGGAGGCUAUGUUAAUAAUCCACCAGAUUAUUAUGGAAGUGGUGGUGGUGGCGGAGUGCCACAUAUGGCUGGUGGUAGAAUGAACGGUAAUGGCAUGAUGAUGAAUGGUGGUGGUGGUAUGAUGAAUGGUGGUGGUAUGGGUGGAAUGGGAGGAAUGGGUGGAAUGGGUGGAAUGGGUAGAAUGGGAAUGGGUGGUGGAAUGAUGGGUGGUGGUAUGAUGGGAGGAAUGGGUGGCGGAAUGGGUGGUGGAAUGGGUCCAAUGAAUGGGAAUGGAAAUGGAGAACAAUCUUCAAAUUCUGUGAUGCAAUUUUUUCAAAGUCCUACUGGUCAACAAGUGACUGGUAUGGGUCUUGGAUUGGGUGGUGGUUUGAUGAUGCAGAGAAUGCAAAAUAGAAGAAUGCAAAAACAAAUGUUAAACCAGCAGGCUAUGGAAAUGGGUGAAAAUCCUUAUGCCUUACGUCAACAACGUAAAUUGUGGAAAGCUCAGUACAAAGCGGACAAAAGAAUAUAUAAACAACAAAAUAGACGCGCAAAGUUUCAGCGUUUCAAAUCAUUUAUUAAUCCAUUUUCUCGUAGAAAAAAUACAAUGGGAGGUGCACCAAAAAUGGGCUUCUUUCGUAGAAGAUUUGGAAAAUGA